AGGGUUAAUUCGCGGAAGUGAGGGCCUGCCUGCUGGGUUGUUGAGUUGCCUGCGCGUUUAGAAAUGGAGGCGCGUGGGAGCUUCGACUCUAAGGAAAAGAGGUUGUGCGUGUCAGGCGUCGGAACAAAUGCAGCGGGUCUUUGAUUAGCAAUGAGGCACUGUGGUUGUUGCCCGGGUUAGAGCCUGCUUGCGCUGCCGAGUCAUUUUUUGCAUGUGUGUAUGCUAUCCCUUAUUUGUUCUCCCGCUCCAUUUACGUGGUAAAGAGACCGACAUUUGUCUAUCGGCAUAAUGUGGCCCUCUGGUUUGUUGCUGAUUUGGGGGCUCGUUUACAGAUGCGAAGCUUCAGAAAGCUCCACUGCAGGCCUUCUCUUUGAGCUUUCUUUGGGAAAAUUUAAGAACGUCUUGCUGAAUGAAACCAGUCCAGCUGAAGCGGUGUUGAGGAACAUUGCCAGCAAUGUAACUGUUGUUAUCUUUCAGUUCCAUACCCACCACAAGAAUGUGACUAUUUCCUUUGAUAAGAAGCCUUCCACCAACAACUCAGGAACUGGAGAAGACAAAGGGCUGGUUUCUAUCCUUCAACCUCAACAGACUGUGUGUACCUGGUACUUGCAAGCUGUGGAUACUAAUCAUCUGUUGAGCACAGCAGUUUCUUUCCCUUAUGCUGAAAGAGAUCCAAUCCCUGGAGGCUGCAAUCUGGAAUUUGACUUGGACAUCGACCCCAAUAUUUAUUUAGAAUAUAACAUGGCUGAGACACGUAUUAAGUUUGCCCCAGCGAAUCUAGGAUGCAUGAGGGGGACAAGCCCACCUUUGUGUGAUUCUGUGGCUAGUUGGGACUCCAGGUGGAGAUUGACUUAUGACAUCUAUCAGUAUUUCUUACCGGAGAAUGACUUGUCUGAAGCAUCAUUUGUGAGCCACAUGAGAAAGAUGUCUGAGGUGCAAAAUAUCAGAGCUCAUGGCGUUAAAAUGAUGACUUUAACAAGCCAAGACAAAACUGACUUGCGCUUUGCCUCGCUCCCUGGACAAGGAGUGAUCUACAAUGUGAUAGUGGAGGAUCCACUAUGGAACACCUCAGCUGCAUAUGUGCCUGUUCAUACAUAUGCAUGUAGCCUCUCAGCCUUGGUGGAUAACUGCUCCUCUCUCAAAAGACUCUCCACUAAAAUAUUUUUCACUGCACUUGCUGUCCUUGGCCUCUUCAUCUGUUUUCUUGGACACAGAUUCUGGAAAACAGAUUUAUUCUUUAUGGGCUUCAUCUUCAUGGCGUUCUUUUUCUUCAUAACCAUUACUAGAACAUCUACUCUCGGUUACGAUGUCAAUCUUGGUCUUGCAGCAAUAGCUGGAGUUAUUGGAGGGCUCCUCUUGGUAGCUUACUGGUGGCGAUUUGGCUUUGUGAUCCUCUGUAUGUUGAUUGUGGGGCUAGUGCUGGGCUUCCUUGUCACAUCUACGAUUUUCUUCACUCCAUUAGGAAACUAUAAAGUUUUCCAGGAUGAUGCUGUGUUCUGGGUGACCUUCUGUUGCAUUGCCAUGAUAGUCCCAAUAGUUUUUGUUGGAUGCCCUAGAGUUCUGAACAUCUUGACAUGUGGCAUAAUAGGAUCUUACACAAUAGUCUUGGCUACAGCAUGUUACUUGUACACAAGUCUGUCCUAUAUUGGUAUAGACCUGCUUCGGAGGAUUCUAAAUGAAGACUUCAGAAGCACUUACACCGGGGUGCCCUUUCAGCGUAAUGACAUCAUCCUCUUGGCAGUAUGGGCAAUGCUAGCAAUUGGAGGAAUCACGGUACAGCUGCGCCGAGAAAAACAUGAAGCACCUUUCCCCCCACACCCCUAUCGGAUAUGGAGACUUGAAAGAGAGCGCAGGAUAACUAACAUCCUAGAUCCUAGCCAUCAUGUACCUCCCCUGAAAGAGAGGAUCCAUAGCAAGCUAUCUCAGGUCAAGGACUUCUUCCAAAAAGAGCAGCCAGCAGGAGAAAGAACACCACUGCUUUUAUAAACUGAGAUGCAGUUCAGAAAUGCAAGCAUGGAUUUUCAGGAGCCAGCAAGCACCCAGGGAUACUGAGAACUUCCUCUCUUACCUCACCUUGCUCAUCUGAAAUAAGAAUGGACUGGAGGAAGAUCAACACUAGUCUACUAAAAGAAGCCCUGCUUGAUGACCUGCUUUCUGCGCUGUAGCAUGUAGGCACUUGUUAUGAACUACCAACAGACUCAAGGAUGGAGUGUACAUAUGUGCAAAAUGUGAAUAUAUGGGGGUGGAUAGGUAGGAUGGGGGAGAGAAUUAAUGGUCAGGUGUGGAACAUCAGAGCUUCAAAACCCUGAGAGGUGGGAAAUGGACACUUCAAGCACAUGCCUAGUUCAUUUUUUCAACCACAGUGUGAAAUGCCUCCCUUUUAGCAUAUGUUUCAGUUGCACAAAGCAUGGGAGAAAAUAGUUGGAGAUUUGCUGCAAUGGAAGAACAGCCUUUUGCUGGCCUUGGCACUAUUAAAACUGUUUAUUCUAAACUUGCACUAUCACUGCUAGUCAAUAACUUUAAGAUGUCAGGCGGUACUAAAAUGCUUUUAAUUGUUUAACAGUUAACUUGCAUUCACUUUCUGUGUUGGGGAAAUCUAGUAAUUUUGAUUCUGAAGCCCAAGAGAAGAAAAACAUUUUUAAGUUUAGGACCCAGUUCUCUAGCAGGCUGUUAAUCUGGUUUUAGUGAGUGUGGUGGCUAAGGCUAUAACAAAAGAUAGUCUCUCAAUGCAUUCUGAAAUUGAAGGUCCCUUUUAAUUAGGAACAAUGGUGGAAUACAUAAUGAGUAGCCUUGGUGCUGGUUCUUGUGACGAGUCUUGAUAUCAGCUUUUUAAAGUCCCUUUUUAUAUUGGACUGCUCUUGGCCACAACACUAAUUGUCACUGAAAAGUUUUCCCUCUGUCCUUGUUGCCUUUGAAACAAAAAGUUAAAACUGGUUUGUAGGCAUUUGGGGCACUGUUGUUCAGAAAACGCAAUAGAAACCCAGGGUGGUCAGCUUCCUCAGGCAAGCUGCUUAGGGGUGUCAAAUCACCCUCCGCCAAUAUGUCACUGAGAGGCUCAGAGCAGGAGUGAUGGUGUUUCCCAAGGCUGCAUAUGAGACACUUAGUUCAGAGUGGAGGGGACAGAAACAUUUCAAGUUCCUCUUCUGCUUACAUAUUAUCAUGCCACCUACUCUUAGCUUGGCAGCUCAUAUACAGGCUGGCCCCUGCUUGGGCAGGGGAGAUGUUCUGUACCAGCCUAAUAAAAUGUUGCACAGCUGGAUGUUGCCUCCUUAGCUUAUGAGUUGGCCCAUUCCAACAUGACCUCUUAGCUUAGAGUAAUGCAAAUACAAAUAAUGCAAUUAGUAGCAAAGUACAAAUACCAUAUUGAAAAACCUGUUCCUUGUAAUUGACAGUCCAAACCACUUGUGCCACUGCACUCUUUUAUUGCUGUGGUUGUGAAAGCUGUGCCUGCAGAUUUACACAACUAUUCAAGGUGCAGGGGGCCCAUCACUACAGAACCUGGCACUAGGUAUAUAAUUUACAUUUUCUUUCUCAUGCACACACGUGGUGUUAGGACAGAAGACUACUUUCUCCUAUUGUCUCCCCUUUCUGUUCAAAUACAACCUGAAUGUAUAACAAGGAUCUGUUGUGUUCCAUAUUGAUGUUUUCUGGAGUUGCUGUUUGUGUCAUUUGUGUGUAAUUUUGUAAAUUUUAGUAGUAAUGAUGGGGUGAGUAGGCUUGUUGGCACAAAAUGCAAUGACUGUGCUCUCAGACCAGGAAAGCUGCUGUGUUAAGACACCUUUAAAUGAGAGAGUCGCUCACAGGGUGUGCAUCUGAACUUGCCUGAUUUUAUAAACAUUAUGCUUAAGUUGUAUCUCAGGCCUAAGUGGUGGAAACCACUGCAACUGUUUAGUCCUCAGUGCAGAGGACAUAAUGCAAUCCAUUCCUCUCUUGGCCCUGAUGUUCACCUCUUCCCUGCCUAAUAUAACAAGACUCCAGAUGUGCUGGAUAAGGGAUACAGGGUAGAUGCUUCUGCUGUUGCCUUGUGUGUAUUAAGGAAUUUAAAGAUACUGGGUUGUAUUCAACUAAGUCCUACUCAGAGCAGUCCCAUAAGUUAAUGAACCUAAGUUAAUAAUGUCUAAUAACUUAAAUGGGUCUAUAGUGAGUAGGACUAGCAUUGGAUCCCACCCACAAUGUGGAUCUCCAGGUUUCAUCCCAGCAGCUCCCGUACUGGCUCAAAUGAUUAAGCAAAAGCUGUGGGUUAUAUUCAAUGUCUGUAUAGGAACAUAAUGGACUCCUGCUUGUGCAACAGGACUUCAUCUUCUCCUCCCUCCCCCCCAUAGUCCCUCAUACACCCUCAAAAUCUGUUCUGGGGGAUUUUAGAUUUGGGGGUUGCAGGGGGAAGAAGGGGAAGGUGAGGUCUGCUUGUGCAGUGUUGGAUUUCACCCUGAGCUGUAAAGCUGUUUGAAGAGCUGUAAGCCUUUGACAUGUCAAAUGGACCAAAGGCUAACAAUUGGAUUGAAAGCAAUAGAGUUGAUAAAAGAUGGAAAAGUCCAUAGUUCUUGGCAGCUAUACAGAGAUCAAUUUCAUUUUAAUGUUGAAAAGUGAAAGGUGUAAAAAUGCCAAGAGCAGCUUCAUAUUGGUUAUCUGGCCACCUUUUUAGUACUGAGGAUAAUGGUUUUGUAUUGGCUGCUUGGGUCAGACUUUGGUAUAAAACAACUGACCAUGAUUACUUUUUUUAUAACUGCCAUGAUUUACACUGCAAAAAUAUAACAACUCAUUUUCUAUUCCUUUUUACAAUAAAGAUGUGCUUGAAACUGAA